AUGUUCUCCUCUUCUCCUCUCCUGCAGUCACAUUGCAAGCUCCUUGCAAAAAUGGGCGACGAACGACCUUUUGUGUGCCACGCUCCUGGCUGUGGACAGAGAUUUACUAAUGAGGAUCACUUGGCUGUACACAAACACAAGCAUGAGAUGACAUUAAAGUUUGCGCCCAGGACAGACUCUGUCAUUAUUGCAGACCAGACCCCCACUCCUACUCGCUUUCUAAAGAACUGUGAGGAGGUCGGUCUGUUCAAUGAUCUGGCCAACUCCUUCGAACAAGAUGACGAUGACAACAAGCGAGUGAAGAACUCUCUCCCUGCACCCCCUUCAGUGGCUUUGGACAUGAGCUUGCAGACACCAUCAGAUGUUAAGGUUAAAGAGGAGGCACCUGUUGAAGUUGACUCCUCGCCACCAGACAGUCCUGACUCAAUCUCUGCAUCACAAGACAGCAGAAGUGAGACCUUCAAGGGGAAGGACAUGCCGCCAAGGAGCUCUGCCCCGACACCCACAAUCGUACGUCCAGGUUCCCUUCCCCUGCACUUGGGCUUUGAUGGCCUUCAGCCCACCAUGCCAUCGCCCACCUCUGUUAUCACACAGGCACCACCUUCUAAUCGCACUUUGGGUUCACCAACAAGCCACUACUCCAUGAUGAUGCUCCCCUCGGGUCAGGCGGUACCUGUCCUCCCUGGUCCAGUUCAGAUGCCAUCCGUCAUCAAUCUUGCCCGACCCAUGUGCAUGGUACCAAACAUUCCCGGAAUCCCUGGUCCUCCUCUCGGAAGCAGCAGCAGUGGUUCAAACUCCCCUUCUGGCUACAGCAUCCACUCCGAAGCCAAGAUGCGUCUGAAGGCAUCGCUAUCCCAGCAGAGCCCAUCAGGACACAACCUAAGCAUGAUGGCCAUGGGUAACAGUCCCAUGGUGCCUCAGAGAGCGGAACAGAGCCAGUUGCUUGUCCAACAACCAGACGCUCAAUCCCCUUCACAGCCUCAGGUAUCUCCAGCACAGCCCACGGGUGGGCGUCGACGACGUACGGCGGAAGAUGACCCAGACGAGCGAAGACAGCGCUUCCUGGAGAGGAAUCGGGCGGCAGCAUCACGCUGCAGGCAAAAACGCAAACUGUGGGUCAACUCGCUAGAGAAAAAGGCAGAGGAACUCAGCAGCAUGAACAUCUCGCUUUCGAACGAGGUGUCUCUGUUGAGAAACGAGGUGGCUCAUUUGAAGCAGCUGCUGCUGGCGCACAAGGACUGUCCUGUUACCACCCUGCAGAAGAAAUCCUCUUACCUGGUCGCUGUCGACGACAACAUCAAAGAUACCCCCGAGUCGACGGGUUCCCCGGCACCAGUGAUCCAACACAGCGCAUUGGCGCCCAGCCCCACCACCAAUCACAACGGCCUAAGUUCGAGAGCGGCGGCAGAGGCCAUGGCCAUGUCCGUGCUGGCCGGAUUGGGACACCAGCAGAGCGUUGAGAGCGGAGCCUCUCACAUUAUCAUGGCCGCUCAUUCGCAUUCUGCUGCCAGAUGA